CGGGACACUCUUCCUGCCUCCCAGAAAUAGCCAAAAACCCUCUCUACCCCGAUUUCGAAACGCCACGCGACUUCGGGCAGCCUAAGCCCGCGGUCCCCGCUAGGGACCCCCCCCCUCCCCCCGGCAGCCGCGGAACCGCAUGAGGCGGCACCGCCGCUCGGAAGCUGCUGGAGGGAGCGCGGAGUCGGAGGAUCGAGGCCAUCGAGAGGUGGUCUAGAGAGGCGCUACCCAUCGAGUCUCAGGCCGGAGCGCCUCACGCGGCGCAUGCGCGGAGUUUCGGUUCCGGGAGGCGGGGGCAGGAGUCUUUGGAGCGGGGAGCGCGGCGGGCUGGGGGCUGCGCCAUGGCUCCGGUGCUGAACCUCAACAACGAGGUUGUGAAGAUGAGAAAAGAUGUGAAGAAGGCCAAAGUCCUGGCUAUUCGCAGACUAACCAGACACAUCGGGAAGUUAAAGUUGAAAAAGGGUUCACAAGAGCUGAAAUUGAAGAACCAAAAACGAGUUGAGAGAUUAAUAGAAGAAAUCCAUGCUAUGAAGGAAAUAAAGCCAGAUGAAGUUACCAGAUUUGCUCUUCAGACAGAAGUUAAUUUUGAAAGUGUCUGCAGAAAGCCAAAUUGUACUGCAACUGAGAGAGCCACUGCAAGACUUGCUGUACACCCCAUACUGAAACCCAAAUUUAUUGAACUUAAAGCUGCUGUAAAAGCUUUUAAGGAUGCAAGAAAGGACACAGCCAAUGCCACUCCUUCAAAAGAGGCUAAGUCAGAAGAGCAGCCUAAAUCAGUGCAACAUUUCGGUAGCAAUUUGGAUGACCAGGCUCUUAAACAAGCUAAAAAACAGCGAGGAUGUGAACACAAAAUGAAAAUAAGUAUGAAAACAGAAACUGAGAGAGUGGCUGAAGAACUUCAUGAGAGUGAGUCUGAGCAGCAAACAGUGGAAAUGGAGAAAGCACAUGUUCCAGAAGAAUCUUCAUUUCAGCCAGCAGAAAUGCAAGCAGUUACUCAGAAUAAAGCAGAAAAGAAACUUAGCUAUCAAAAAACAAAAGAAAAUAUGAGCCUGAACAAACUAAAUACAAUAAAAAAAAUCAUUAACAAUGAUAGUCUCCAGAAGCAACCUGAUAAAGAGGAAUACUAUGAUGAUAGUACUGAAGAGAGGUUUUAUAACCAGUCAUCAGAUUCUGACAGUGACAGUGAUGAUGAUUUCUUCAUUGGCAAAGUAAAAAAGAAGAAAAAGAUAACAGCAGCUACUGAUCUUUCUUCAGCAAAAGAAAAGGAUAGACUUCAGAAAAACGUAAUGGAGAAAGAGAAGAAUACAGAGCUUGGGACAGUACAAGAUUUGAUCGUGGAAGAAGGAAAGCCACAUGUCAAAACAAGCAAGAUAGAAUCAAUGUUCUGUAGUUCUUUGGCUACCUCCAAUCAGAAGUAUCCAAACAGAAGGAGAAAUUCUAAAGACCAGCCUCUCAAAAAUGGAAGGGCAGCACUGCUGAAAAAGGAACCACAGCUCAAGAAGCAACCAUUUGCAAAAGCUGCAAGUAUUAAAUGUGACAAUAAGAAAGCAUCUUUGGAGCAGCCUCUUCAUCCUUCAUGGGAAGCAAGCAAAAGACGCCGGGAACAAAUGUCUCAAAUUACAGCAUUUCAAGGGAAGAAGAUUAAAUUUGAUUAUUAGAAUAUUCUAAGUGUAAAUAGAAAUUUUUAAAGAAGAUCCUUGUAGAUUUGCAUCCUGUGGUACCUUCUUAUGAACUACCAACUGCUGUUUAAACAUUUUUGUUACACUGUCCUUCUCAUUUGCAACCUAUAAAAUAGAAACUGCUAGAAAUUACCAUUUGUUAAUAAUGAAGAUUGCUUCAUUUAUUCAAUGUUCUCCCUGUUAAUUACAUGAUCAUACAAUGUUAGUUUAUAAGUUUCAUGAUGUGGCACCAUCAUCUAUGAAAUACAUCCUAAUGUGAUUGAAUGGGUUUUAGAAACAGCAUUUGUACCCCAAAGGAAUAAUAAAGUUUUUUUUGAGGUUUGGUUCUUGUGUGUGUGUGUGUGUGUAUAGAAAUGUUCUUUUAACUCUAUGAGGAUUUAGAUGUCAAGGAAGAAUACAAAUUAGUGAAAUGAUAAUUAUAGGACUAUAUUAACAAAUCCACCCCAAAUGAGAAAGACAUUCUUAAACUUUAUAGACUUCAUAAAGAAUCAGUAAGCUGAAAAAGCUAAUCAGUAAUACAAAUGAUAUGAAAAAUUCUGGAGAACAAUAAAAUACUGGCCACCUAAAGCGUGCCAAUUUGAUUGAAGAACUGCAAGAAUGUCUUUAAUAAUGCUGUCCUUAUUGAUAUGUGUUGGUGCUCCAGCAUUGUCUGUCUUGCGUGUUUUGAGAGAAUGCUGAAAAACUGGAAGGUCUUUGUACACUGUGAAACAUUUGACUUUUAAGUGUCAUUCGGAGUUUGAGAGUUUGUUUGAAUGGGAUAUGAAGUAAAAUCUUCAGUGGAUUUUUCUUCAGGGGCUUUUUGUACUGCUGAAUUGACAAAAAUUGUGAACUUGUAGUUAAAACUUAACAAUGUUGUUUAUUUAAAUGCAGUUAUAUUGCAUAAUUUUGUAACUUUCACAAUCAAAUUAAUUCAGAAACUUGGUAAAUUGCUGCAGUAGUUGUAAGAUAAAUUCACUUGACAGUUCGUGUAGGAAUGCCUAAGAGUAGCCCUGCAUCAAACCAAAGGUUCAUCUAGCCUGAUACCUUCAACAGUAGUCAAAAGAAGAUGCUUUAGGCAUAGGGAUAGAGGAGGCACAAGUGAUACAUCAUCCAGCUUCCAGCUCAUUGAGCUUCUGAUGUUAAUAGCGUAGGGACAUCUUAUUGGUAAACUAAAUAUCACAGCUUUCUUUUCUGCAGAAUUUUGUGCUCUUAAAUCCAUGUAAAUUUAUGGAAUCUGUAUCCCCUUAAGGUGUAGAAAUCCUUCCUCCCUAUUACACCUGUACAAAAAAUAAUCUUUUAUAAAUCAGCAAAGAACACCAGGAGUCUCUUGUGCUGCAUUAGAAUGAAUGUUGCAAGCAGGAUCCUUUCCCUGUGCUGGUGAGACCACAUCUGAAGUAAGUGCUGGGUCCAGGUCUGGACUCCCCAGUACAUGAGGGACAUGGACCAACUGGAGUGAGUCCAGCAAAGGGUGUUCAAGGUGAUAAAGGGCUUGAAUUGUAUGACAUAGGAGUAUAGACUGAGAGAACUGGAACUGUUCAUCAAGAGGCUCAAGGGCAUAUUGAGUAUAAAUAUGGCAUGAGCGCAGGGAGUGUAAAGAUCAAGACAGACUUCUCAGUGCUGUUGAGUGGCAGGAAGAGGCUAUAGGCACAAACUAAGAAAUUCUGGUUUAGCAAGAGGAAUCUUUUUCGCUGUGAGAAUGACUGACCAUUGGACACUUGCCCAGAAAGAUUGUGGAGUCUUCUUUCUUGCAGAUACUCAGAACCUGACUGGACACAGUCCUGGAUAACCAGCUUGGUGACCUGCUUGAACAGUGGUUUGAACAUUAGAUGACAGGAACAUCAAAUGGCAGGAACAAGCUUAAUUUUUCUUAAUAUACUGUAACUCUGAUGCUAGUAUGGCCACCUCUUAUUCUCCUGCAGACUUUGCGUCUUAAUAUUUAUAGCCUGGGAAUUUCUGCCUGUUCUCCCACCCUGUACUAAGUUCUUGAAAGCUGAAUAUUUCUGUUGGUACAUUUUGUAUUAUUAUCUAGGUAUGUCUUUGGACCACUUGGUGAAGCUUACUUCUCUGCAUUCUGAACAAAUGUCAGUAUAAUGAGUACUAUCUUCCUGAAUGGCAUGGCCACUCAGAGUAAUUAGAAUUUCAAAGGACCUUCCAUUUCCUAGUAGGUUUUUUUGUUGUUAUUUUUUCUGUACCAUAUGGAACAACAUUUAAGGCCAGAAGCAUGAGAAUAAAACAUGGAAAUGUA